CUUUAUGGCACCCUUGAGCAUAGCCGGGGCCGCUGCUGUUGCUCACCCUUGGGUGCUGCUACUUAAUUGAAAAACAAACAAACAGACAAAGUGUUGGGGAUUGGGCAGUGAAGUGCGACUCUCUCUGGAGAGACGACUCUCCCCUCCCCCCGCUCUGAUUUGUCUUGCACUCCUUUUCUGAUGCGCGGCAACGGCUCCCUCCGCAGUGAUGACGCGGCGUUGAAAGCGGAAGGAGGAAAGCACUCUGCACUUGCGCAGGGGCGCCGUUCACCUCUGCUUGGCGCCGAGGCCUGUACUACGCCCCCCGGUUGGUUGCCUGCCUGCCGGCCUGCCGCUCCUUCCUUGCGACGGCGGCGGCUCGGGCUCCUCCUCUGCCCGCCUCUUCGCGCGCCCUGAUCCGGCUCCGGGAGCAGAAGCAGGUGGCAGGGCGGGUGGAAGCCGUCUAGCCACGCCACGCCGGGAAAGUCGCCGCGGUGCAGGCCAGCAGCGGAGCCCGCCGGGUCUGAGCGCGCCUCCGUUCCCGCCUCCGUUCCCGGCCACGAUGCGCUCCCUCCUGCUCCUGCUUCUCCUCCACCUGCUCCUGCCCGCCUUCGCCGCCGUGGCGCCGCCGCCUCCUCCGCCUCCUGCCCCCAACGCCAUCCCCGCCGCCGGCUCCAACAGCAGCCGCCCGAGACUCUCGGCGCCCUCGGAGCCGCCGGCCCGGAACCACAGCGGCGGCGCCCAGCUGCACCCGGUGUCGGCUCUGCUGCGGGAGUUGCCUGCGCUCAAGGCCGCCGUCAUCGGGGUUUGCGCGGCUAGCGUCGGCCUCAUCGCCUGCCUGCUGCUCCGCUUCGUUAGGUCUGGCAGAAAGAUUAAAAAAACCCGCAAGUAUGACAUCAUUACAACUCCGGCAGAACGGGUGGAAAUGGCUCCCUUAAACGAAGAUGAGGAAGAAGACGAGGAUUCCACAGUGUUCGAUAUAAAAUAUAGGUGAGGCUGUUGCACAGAGCCCUUCAGGACUGAAGUCUGCGGUCGAGAACCUUGCAAGAACGUCAGCAGCAGAGGGGAGAUGGAGGACAGAACCUGAGCGUCAAAGAAGCUCAAACAUUUCCACUGUUCCAAAUAUAUAUGUAUAAUUCAUGAUGGAUUUUGACAGCAGACAGCCGCACGUCAUCAGUGUUGCCACUAUGUUCCUGGGUACAAGAUCAGAAGCACUGGAGGUGGUUUUCUUUCUGGACUCUGCUUUUCAACUGGAGGACACCCCUUUUUUCUCCCGUUAGCGGUUUGGGUACCUGUGACAAAUUGCAGAACUAGAUUUGUAGGCCACCCCAGAGCCCUAGUUACAGGAGCACAUUGUUCCAAUGCUCCAAGGCAGCUGAUGGGCUCUCUGCCCCCAAAUGCUAACCUAGACAGAUGGAUGUUCUCUGCUGCACCUAAAACCUCUGGAAUGGUGUGGUUCUGGGCUGGCAAAAAAACCUUGGCUCAUUGUGUGAAAGCUCAGGACUUGUGUAAACCGUGCUGAAAUGGAUGAUCCCGUGUCUUGGUGUGUGUGCGUGUGUGUAUUUUGUGGGUGAGACAUAGGCAACUGUGAUGACUUGCUACUACUGAUGAUAACAGUUGCACUAAUCACCUGCUCUGCAAUAAGAUUCUCUGUUUUUUCUAGGGAGAUGUAUCUCUCCAAAACCCUUUCUUUUGAGUUGCGGGGGGGGGAGGGGAGAACGCAGCCAGUUUUCCUUGCACCAACGUCUCUAUUCCAGAGGAAGUCCGAUCUGACAGUAGGGGUGCCUAACCUGCAGCCCUCCAGAUGAUGCUCUGGCCAUUGGCCAUGCUGGCUGGGGCUGAUGGGAGUCAGAGUCCAGCAACAUCUGGAGGGCUGCAGGUUCGCCACCCUUGUCUUACAGUAAGAGCUGUUUUGUGUUUGUUUCUGCCUCUGCCUGCCGUUGCCUGUCUUUAUUCUCUUGUAUUAUAUUUCAAGACAAUCUGCAGUGAUGCUAUUAAAGAGCAAUU